UUGCUUCUCUCCCCGAACUCAAAAACAGCGGACUGUCCACAGCAAGAUAAUUUAGUUUCUCGCUGUCGACCCAUCACAAGUCGGACUUGCAAGAAAUAUUUAUUUCUUCUAAUCUGCAAUAUUUAGGCAGGUCUACCUUCUUCUAAAACAAUAUGAGGGAAUGCAUUAGCGUCCAUGUUGGUCAAGCUGGAGUCCAAAUCGGCAAUGCCUGCUGGGAAUUGUACUGCCUGGAGCACGGCAUCCAACCAGACGGGCAGAUGCCGAGUGACAAAACCCUGGGAGGAGGUGACGAUUCCUUCAACACAUUCUUCAGCGAAACAGGAGCUGGAAAGCAUGUUCCAAGAGCAGUAUUUGUCGAUUUAGAACCCACUGUUGUAGAUGAGGUCCGCACUGGUACGUACAGGCAAUUGUUUCAUCCUGAGCAAUUGAUCACCGGCAAAGAAGAUGCCGCCAACAACUAUGCCAGGGGCCACUACACCAUCGGCAAGGAAAUCGUUGACCUCGUCCUGGACAGGAUCCGAAAACUGGCCGACCAAUGCACCGGUCUCCAAGGCUUCCUUAUCUUCCACAGCUUCGGUGGAGGAACUGGAUCCGGAUUCACUUCUCUGCUCAUGGAGAGGUUGUCCGUCGAUUAUGGAAAGAAGUCAAAAUUGGAAUUCUCCAUUUACCCCGCGCCUCAGGUUUCAACGGCCGUCGUAGAACCCUACAAUUCCGUCCUCACAACACAUACAACCUUAGAACAUUCCGACUGUGCCUUCAUGGUGGACAAUGAAGCUAUUUAUGACAUCUGCAGAAGAAAUCUGGACAUUGAAAGACCCACUUACACCAACCUCAAUCGUCUCAUUGGGCAAAUCGUAUCCUCUAUCACAGCUUCCCUCAGAUUCGAUGGGGCUUUGAACGUUGAUUUAACUGAAUUCCAGACAAAUCUUGUCCCUUAUCCUAGGAUUCACUUCCCUCUGGCCACUUACGCCCCUGUUAUUUCGGCUGAGAAGGCAUACCAUGAACAGCUGACCGUUUCCGAAAUCACCAAUGCCUGUUUCGAGCCGGCAAACCAGAUGGUGAAAUGUGAUCCUCGUCACGGAAAGUACAUGGCUGUCUGUCUUCUAUACAGGGGGGAUGUGGUGCCCAAAGAUGUCAACGCGGCCAUUGCCACCAUUAAAACAAAAAGGACCAUCCAAUUCGUUGAUUGGUGCCCCACAGGAUUCAAAGUGGGCAUCAAUUACCAACCUCCUACUGUUGUCCCCGGUGGCGAUCUUGCCAAAGUGCAAAGAGCAGUCUGCAUGUUAUCCAAUACGACGGCAAUUGCUGAAGCCUGGGCCAGACUGGACCACAAAUUCGACCUUAUGUACGCCAAGAGGGCCUUCGUACAUUGGUAUGUUGGCGAGGGAAUGGAGGAAGGAGAGUUUGCCGAAGCCAGAGAAGACUUGGCUGCCUUGGAGAAAGAUUACGAGGAAGUUGGCGUCGAUUCCAUGGAAGGAGACGAAGAUAUGGCAGGAGACGAGUAUUAAAUAAAUGCUAGCAGAAGAACGUUGAAGUAUUUCAAUUCUCUUUUUGUCAAUGAGCUUUUUUUUACUUCACUGUCGAUUUGUGCUAUUUUAUACAAUUUGUACUGUGCUUUUAUUUGACUUUCAAAAAUAUUUUAUAUGCUUCUUUAUUGAUAUUUUCAACUAUAUCUAGAUUUAGAUACCGAACUCUUCACUUAACUAUAAUAUUCACAACUGAACUUAUGUUAAAAAGUGUUUAGGAACCAUGUCUGUCAAAUGUGAUAUUGGAUUCAUAAUUCCAUGCCUAUGUAUUAGAGGAAGUUUACCCUAGUAAAUAAAUUGAUUGCCAUUUUUUUUUUGAAAUUUUCUUUAAAUAUUCAAUUUUUUUCUAGAAUUGAUGCAUAGCAGUUUUUCAUUUAUGGUAGUUUGGUAGUUAAUUUGCAGAAAAUAAAUUUUAAACAGUAUAAUAUCGAAUAUGUGAAUUUAAAAGUAUCGAAAACUUUUUUGUAUACCUAUUACAACUGUGUGUGAAUUGUUCACUUAACGCAAUUGUCUGGUUGCACAGGAUAUAUUUGGGGAAGACUGCAAUGUUUUCGAUCAUUAUUCUAUUCUGUAGAUUUUGUGAAAUAUAGAUUAAUUCUGAUGCUGAGAAACCAAAGCUUUAGCUACGAUUUCAAGUAUAAUGUGUGUAAGUUAGCUAUAAUUCUCCGUUCUUCAUAUCAGCACUCAUAGGAAAGUCGAAGAACUUUUAAGCAUUAUGUAGUGCCAUUGAAAUGCAAGAUUAAUUUUAAUAUCUUAAAUUAAUAUAUUCUAUUUCUUGUAGAAAGAUAAUCUAUAAGGAGUUACAAGAAAUACCGAAUAUGUCGAUAAAUGUUUUAUGGGGUAUAUUUUUAAAUGAAUAUGAAAUAAUUGUUCAGCAGUUACAAUAUAUUAAAUCUAUUAAUCUAUAUGUUGCUUUAAGUUGUGAAUCUGAUCAGUAUACCAGUAUUUAAUAAUUCAACAAUUAUUUUUGAUUUAGAAUUUUUUUAACGUUAUGCACAUGCAAUAUUUCUUGCUUGAUUCCUUGUAUUUGCUUUACAAAUAUUUUCUAGCUUUU